AAAAAAUUCUUUUAUUAUUAGUUAAUAACUACUAAAAGAUACGAACACCAAUUUUUUGGGUAUUGAUAAAUUUAAAACUGAUUAGGAUAAUGAUCAAAUACCAACAAAGCUCGUUCUGUCACCAGGACUCUCCUACCACAUAUAUCAGUUAAAAAACGUCGACCAACACACCCUUGACCUAAAUGCAUCGGCCUAUACUUUUUACAGGUAAAUAACAGCCUAUUUGACGCCAUUGUUAUGGAGACAGGAAAGAGAAAACGAAAGAGGAAUGAAGAGAUUGAAUCAAGUAAUGCAGACGAACAAAGGGCCAAUUGCUCAUCGACGGGGAAGAGUGGACAACAACAAAUUUCAACACAAGGUUUUUGAUCCCAUUGAGUAUUGCUGAAAAUUCAACAUGUAAUAUCAAGCGCGGGAGUCCAAAAUCAAGAUUAUUAAUAGCCACAAAAUUAAUCAUUUGGGAUGAAGCACCAAUGACUCACAAGUAUUGCUUUGAGGCUCUAGACAAGACACUCACAGAUAUUUGCUCAUCUGUAAAUCCAAAGAAUGAAGAGUUGCCCUUUGGUGGAAAAAUUGUUGUUCUAGGAGGGGAUUUUCGACAGACGCUACCAGUAAUCCCUAAAGGCAUGGGUGAAGAAAUUGUCAUGUCGGCAAUAAACUCAUCAUACUUAUGGGAUUGUAUAUAUUCAAGUCAUGCAUCUCACAAUAAACAUGAGGUUGAUGCAUCAAAUCAACAUACUGGAUAGGGAAGAAGUUGAGCGAUUUGCUAGGUGGAUAUCACAGAUUGGUGAGGUCACUAUCGGUAAGGAGUCUGACAGAGGCAUUGAAGUUGAAAUACCACCUGAUUUGUUGAUCCACUCGAAUGGGGAUAACUUCAAAGCCAUUGUUGACAGUACUUAUCCAGACUUGCACAACAAUCUGACAAAUUUUGACUACUUGGAAGAGAGAGCGAUCCUGGCACCAACUUUGGAAAUAGUAGAGGGCAUAAACAACCACAUCCUUUCAAUGCUACCAGGGGAAGAGGUAAAAUAUUUCAGCUACGACAACAUAUGUCCCACUGCGGCAAGUAGUUCCGGCGAUGAUGACAUAUAUCCACAGGAAUAUUUAAACAACAUUUCAAUAUCCGAAUUGCCAAAUCAUGUGCUUAGCCUCAAAAUAGGUAUCCCUAUAAUGUUAUUGCGCAAUAUUGAUCAAUCUACAGGUCUGUGUAAUGGAACACGAGGGGUGAUAACAAAAUUGGGGAAACGCAUCUUGGAAGCCGAAGUCCUCACCGGACCGAGCAAAGGGAAUAAAAUAUUGAUUCCAAGGAUGAAUCUAUGCCCAACAGAUACAACGUUGCACAUAAAACUUCAGAGGAAACAAUUCCCAAUUUUAGUAUGCUUUGCAAUGACUAUCAACAAAAGUCAGGGGCAAACACUAGCACAUGUUGGACUUUAUUUGGAAAAAAGUGUAUUCACGCAUGGGCAAUUAUAUGUGGCAGUUUCAAGAGUCAAGAGCAGAAAUGAGUUGAAAAUUUUGUUGGGUGGAGGAGAAGGGUGCAAUACAACAACAAAUGUUGUAUAUAAAGAAGUCUUUCAAAAUGUUUGAUUUUCCUAUAAAGC